AGACUAUGUGGGAUUCGGGAUUCUCUCCCACUGGUAUCAUAUGCAGAUCGGUGGUCACAAGAACGUACACAACAUCAUUAAUGUCAGCAAUAUAUAUCUCCAACUUCAAACACACAGCUUGCAAAAUCGCUGAAUAUUGCACAAAAGCAGCUUCGUUACAAACUUCCAGCAACUCGAAAUCCACAAGCAGUCUCGUUCCCCACCCACUUUGACUUCGUAGCGAAGGCAUGUUUUUUUUGGGGAAACCGUUAACAUCUCACAACUAAACGUAUACUACGGAGAUUGACAAGUUGAAAAAUAAAUUACUGUUAUCACUUCCAAUUUGCGCACUACGUUAAACUCCAGUUCAAUUUUGUCUUUAUUGUUGAAAUGUUACUCUACACAUUCGCUUUGAAAAUAGCGGUUGGCGUGUUGUUGGAAGUACAUGUACAUGUCGAAUGUGUUAAUGUAAAAACUAUUGGUAUUGUGUUUUUAGUGCAGACAUUGUAUUUAAGUUUCGAUUUCUAGCUUAAAUUUAUAUAUUUUGUUAAAUAAUUUGCGUUUUAAUGUGAUUGUUUGUUGCUUACUUGCGAACUAUUUUUUAUGUGUAAAUAUGCAUAGACGCUAGUGGAUAUGUAAUCAGGUUACCAUAUUUACAACAAUAAAAUUUAACGGUUGUUUGUUUUUGUUUGUUUUGUUAAUAUUUUCUAAAACGUAUGUUAAACGCAAGAUGAAAUUAUUAAUUAAUUUUGGAAUAAAAUCGCAUUAUGUAUUAUUUAAAAUCAAUUUUGAAUUGCCUAGCGCGUGAAUUGUCUCCUGGGGUGAAUCGGCUUCCGGCGAGAACUCAUUUUACAAUAAAAACCCACCACUUUUUCGUGAUUUAAUCAAAACUUGAUUUUUUUCCAGGUAUAACGCCUACGCCAACAGGUAGAUCGCAUUCUUCUUCAUAUACAUGUCAAAUUUCAGCAAAAGUUACCGACCAGUAUUCAAGACUCCCAAAUCGCGACUAUAUGCACCAACUUAACGAAACUUAGCCCCCUUUAUCAUUCGUUCGAAUGAACGUCAUCAAUGAUGACGUCCAAUACAUCACUCAUUCCAUAUGAUAAACCGCCUUAGCUCUCAAGAAGCAAAGGAGCUCUUGAAGGAAAUUGCUGCCAGACAGCCAGCAAUAAUACUGGAUGUGGCAGCAAUGCUGUCUGCCAGACAGCCGGUUGAAGACCAGCCUGGACCAUCUGCAGACCAACCAUCUUGGUGUGUUUGUAGACAUUGUCCUAUGAUGGACCGCGACCAAGACAAGAUUUGUUGUGGCAUGGCCCCACAAUACUGCGAUAGCCAGAGACCGGAAAUGGGGUUAGUGAUCACUGAUCCGCUUACCCUCCACAUCCAACAAACGUAUAGAAAUGAUGUGUUUGCCCAUCAGGCGGUGGAUGUGGAGGACACAAAUCGUUCGUUUCGCCAUGCUGCCUAUCGCCAGUGUGUACUCUGGAUUCAUGGACGCCUUCAACGGGAUGACCGCAGAACUGUACCUGCAUGCUGUGUGAAGGUGGUCCGUGCCAAGUUUCCGAGUCUUACUGGCAACUAUACAGGGUUUAUUCCCGGACGAGGAGUAGGAUGGUGACAAUAAUAUCGAGAGUGUUUGCAUAGAUAUAUUGCAAUGGACCCUUUUGAUUGCAUAUGGUACCUUCACUCACAAUGAUCAAUCAAGCACAAGUAAUACUUUCUUUAGUAAAUGACAUGAGCUUAUUUCUUGCAAUUUAGUUUACAUAAUGAGAACAUUGAGUCUACCAAAUGUACUGAUUUAUUAAUUAUUUAUGUACAAUUAUGUUUUUUGUUUUUGUCAGAAAUAUUACAUGUGCAUAUUAUCUGUAUUUCAAUUACAAGCAGAUCUUUAAGCGCCUCAUUUCUUUAUCCAGUAACAAUAUUUUAAGCAUGUUAAACUUAAAAUAAAUAUUCUUCCUGUGCAUUUCAUGAAUAAUCUCUACAAAUAGAACUGAUUUUCCUGCGCCUUCCAUCAAGUAAAACCAUUUUACUAAGUCUUCAACAAUCAUUAAAUAAGUACAUCUAAAGAAAAUAUAGUCUUUCUUUUUAACCUUGAUGCAGUUACUGAUUUUUCUGUUUUCAUUAAUGCAUAUUUCUGAAUGCAUGUUUUUGAACUUACAUGUUAUUAUAAUGUGGUGUUUUGUUAUAUAAUAAUAAAUCAGAGUUUAACAA